AUGGACACAAGAACCUUCAAGAAUCCCUACCCGGACUAUGACGCCGGCAGCCCUGAGAUUACACAGUCGUUUUUUGACUCUCAUGGCAAGCUGACACCUGCGUUUGCUCAGCGACUGAGCAACAAGAUCGAAGAGCUGUUGGCUGUCAUGGAGAAAGGGCUCAAGUCUGCCAACCCAAAAGAUUGUACCACUUACACUGGCUGGGCAGGCAUUGCAUUACUCUACUUGCACAUCCACCGCAUAUUCAAGCAACCGGCAUUUCUCCAGAAGGCUCUAGAAUACGUCGGCCUUAGUCUGAAAUGCCUGACACGGCGCCAUGAUGUCACAUUUCUGUGUGGUGACACCGGACCACUGGCUGUGGCUGCUGUGGUGUACCAUCAGUUGCAAUUGCCCGGGGAGGCCGACGAGUGCAUCAGAAGACUGCUGACUUAUCACGAGACAGUUGUGAAAGGUUCUGGUGGGAUGCCAGACGAGUUGCUCUAUGGUCGGGUGGGUUACCUCUAUUCUCUCAUCUUCAUCAACCAGCAUCUCGGCACAGACAGAAUUCCAUUACAGCACAUCCAGCAGGUCAGUGAGGCCAUUUUAGCAUCAGGCGAACACCACAGUAGGAAGUUGCACAUCCAGAAUCAGAGCCCCCUGAUGUAUGAGUGGUACAAUGAGCAAUAUGUUGGUGCGGCCCACGGAUUGGCUGGCAUUUACUACUUUCUCAUGCAGUCUGGGUUUGUUGCGUCAGAGGACAAGGUUCGCAAGUUAGUCAAACCCAGCAUUGACUACGUUCGCCACAUUAAGUUCCCCUCAGGGAACUACCCUCCCUGUGUCGGAGAUGGUCGUGACCUGCUGGUGCAUUGGUGCCAUGGCUCUCCGGGCGUCAUCUACACGCUCCUGCAGGCAUACAAGGUGUUUGGUGAUUCUCAGUACAUAGAGGAUGCGCUUCAGUGUGGUGAGGUUGUGUGGCGCUGGGGUUUGCUAAAGAAAGGUUACGGGCUGUGUCAUGGCGCAGCAGGAAACGCUUAUGCUUUCCUGGCUCUAUACCGGCAAACACAGAACCUCAAGCACCUUUACAGAGCGUGCAUGUUUGCAGACUGGUGCAUGAACUACGGCUCACACGGCUGCAGAACACCAGACACUCCCUUCUCACUCUUUGAAGGCAUGGCAGGCACCAUCUACUUUUUGGCUGACCUCCUGCAGCCCACACAAGCACGUUUCCCAGCCUUCGAGGUGUGA